GGCGCCGGGGGGGGGGGUGCGCGCGGGGGGGGGGGGGGGGGGGGGGGGGGGGGGGGUCCAAAUUUCUACCCCUAAACACUUCAACACUCCUUUCAGAUCGUGUUUCACAAAACGCUACUCAACUCAAUUAUCUUUACCUGUCCCAACUGUAGAACAAAUUGUAAAUAAUUUGUUUUGACUACGCUAUUUUGAUAUAAAACCUUAAUAGUGUUUCUUUCCUUUUAGGUUGAACAAGAUUUAUGUUUAUCAUCUAGUGAUGAAAGUUUUCAAGAUAAUCUCAUUAUUGAUGAUGAUGAAUUUGAAGAUAAUUUAAUCUAUGAUAAUAAUUAUGAUCUUGAUUUAAAUGCAGAUUUGAUUGAAUCAAAUGAACGAUUUGUUGAACAAGAAUUAGAUGAACCGUUAUACGAUGGUGCACCUGUUACAUUUAAAUUUUAUCAUAAAAAAAUAUUGGAAUCUGGAAAUUUAGUUAAAUUGAAUGAUUUCAAUAUGAACAAAUUGCUGAAAUUGAUUGGCAGUGCCUUACCAAUUGGAAAUAAAUUAGUAAAAUCAUAUAGAAAGUUAGUUUCGAUUUUUCAAGAACAACCAUCAUUCAAUGAAGUAUUAAGAUGUACAAAAUGUUUAGAAAUUAUUAAUAAUAAUAAUUAUUGUUCUAUAAUUUGUGAACGAAAUCAAUGUCAACGACGGGUAGCUGAUGUUAUUGAACAUGUUUCUGUUGAUCGAUCAAAUAGACAAUUAAUUGAAAUUAUUCGUCGAAACAAACACUUAAUAUUAAAUUAUCCACAACUUGUUGAUAAAUUAUUGCCAUGUGACGUUUUGACAGGAUUAGUUUACGAAAAGAAAAAAAAAUAUCUUCAAACAACAUUCAACGACACGUUCCCCAUCACGUUAAUGCUGCAUAUAGAUAGUACACCUGUUGUUCAUUGGAUUAAAAAACAUACGUGGUUAGUAACAGCUUCUAUAGUUGAAAUUCCACCACCACUCAGAGAAAAUCAAUUUAAUCUUCUACUAUUGUCUUUAUGGAAUGCACCUGUAAAACCAGAUGCAGAUUCUUUGCUGAAGGAAGUUUGUGAUACAAUUAAACAAACUUUAAUUAUUGAUGAAAUUAAAUUUUCAAUUGAUGUGUUAUUGUUUAAAGCAGAUUUACCAGCUCGUGCUUUAGCAACUAAACAUGUUCAUCACAAUGCUUAUUAUGCAUGUUUGGAAUGUGAUCAAGAAGGAAUGUGGUGCGAAGAAGGUCGAUUUGUUACAUAUCCAUAUAUUCAGUCUUCAAUAAAUCUUCCUACAUCAGCACACUUUGAUAUUUGUGCAAAAUUAGUUCAUCAACAAUUCUCCGAUGAUAAUUAUCUUGGUGUAAAAGGUAUUAGUCCACUGACAAAAAUAUUAGAUAUUCCAACUCAAAUAGAUCUUGAUGUUAUGCAUUUAUGUUUCAUUGGACAUUGCUCUUUGCUUUUAUCAAAAUGGGAGAAGAUGAUUGUUAAAGAAGCUUGGUACUCUGGUAAUGAGUUUUUAAACAGAAUGAAAUGA